AUGGAGAACCGGGGAUGGGAGAGCCGGGAACCGAGAGGGGAGAACCGAGAGCCGGGAUGGAGAACCGGGGAUGGAGAGCCGGGAACCGAGAACCGGGAGCGCCGGGGCCGGAGGGAAGCGGGGAAGAAGGACCGGGAGGGGAGCGGAGGAGCGGGGAUGGGCAGCGCCGGCACCGGGGAUGCUGCGCGCUCCUACCGGGGAUGCUCGGCCGGUGCCGCCGGUGCCGCCGGUGUCGCCGAGCGCCGGUGUCGCCGAGCCCCGGUCCCCCGCGGCCACCGGCGCUGCCUCCGCCGCCCGGGGCUCGCCGCAACUUUCCCCGAGCCGGCACCGGAGCCGGGGGACCCCAGGAGCGCUCCCUUCGCGCUGCUGCCCGCCCUGGCCGAGGAGCGCGACAGCGCCGAGGAGGAGGAGGAGGAGGAGGAGGAGGACGGCGAGAAGCCCAAGAGGAGGGGCCCGAAGAAGAAGAAGAUGACCAAGGCCAGGCUGGAGCGGUUCCGGGCGCGGCGGGUCAAGGCCAACGCCCGGGAGCGCACGCGGAUGCACGGCCUGAACGACGCCCUGGACAACCUGCGCAGGGUCAUGCCCUGCUACUCCAAGACGCAGAAGCUCUCCAAGAUCGAGACGCUGCGGCUGGCCAGGAACUACAUCUGGGCCCUGUCCGAGGUGCUGGAGAGCGGGCAGACGCCCGAGGGGAAGAGCUUCGUGGAGAUGCUGUGCAAGGGGCUCUCGCAGCCCACCAGCAACCUGGUGGCCGGCUGCCUGCAGCUGGGCCCGCAGCCGCUCUUCCUGGAGAAGCACGAGGAGAAGCCCUGCGAGCCGGCCCUGGCCGGCCACUCCUUCGGCUACCAGGGGCUGCCCAGCCCCCCCUACGGCUCCAUGGAGUCCCACCUGCUGCACCUGAAGCCGCCGGCCUUCAAGGGCCUGGUGGAGGCUUCCUUCGGGAGCCACCCCUCGGACUGCUCCACGCCCCCCUACGAGGGGCCCCUGACGCCGCCCCUGAGCAUCAGCGGGAACUUCUCCCUGAAGCAGGACGGCUCCCCCGAGCUGGAGAAGCCCUUCCCCUUCGUGGCCCACUACCCCUCGGUCAGCCUGGCCCACGGGCACGGCUCGCACUUCCAGGGCUCCGUGCCCCGCUACGAGAUCCCGCUGGACGUCGCCUUCGAGUCCUUCCCGCCCCACGCGGCCGGGCCCCAGCUCGGCGCCAUCUUCAACGAGUAG